AGAAUGGACGGUAGCGAUUUAAAGAGUGCACCGACUGAAAAAGAAAAGGGGUUUGCAUGACUCGCGUAGUUGUUAGGCUUAGACUGAAAGAAAGGAAUAACAGUUGAGGAAUGAAUGGAAGAUACGAUAGAUAGAGUUAGUUGUUAUUUAGAAGAGUGCAUGCGUUUCUGAUCGUAUCAUCAAUAUUUUCUCUUCUCUUCUGCGCCACAAUUAUUAUAACAUUGAUUUGCUUGGUAAUUGGAGAACAAACGAACGAACAUGGGGAACAAAUUGAAUGGGAUAGUGUUUUGUUUGUUUUUGUCAACACUUUUGGUUUCAUCCUUUGCAUCCGGUGGUGGUGAUGGACUGCGGAGGAUUGGACUCAAAAAGAUUAAACUGGACCUUAACAACAGGCUCGCCGCUCGAGUGAGAUCCAUUAGAAAUUAUAAUAAUGUUCAAAACAACCUGGCUGAUGCUGAUCAUCAAACUGACAUUGUUGCGUUAAAGAAUUACUUGGAUGCUCAGUACUAUGGUGAAAUAUCCAUUGGAACCUCGCCUCAGAAGUUCACUGUCAUUUUUGAUACUGGAAGCUCUAAUUUGUGGGUUCCAUCCUCUAAAUGUACCUUCUCGGUUUCAUGCUACUUCCAUGCCAAGUACAGGUCUUCCAAAUCAAGUACUUACAAGAAAAAUGGGACUGCUGCUGCAAUUCAAUAUGGCACUGGAGCAAUUUCUGGUUUCUUUAGUUAUGACAAUGUCAAAGUUGGGGACAUAGUUGUAAAGAACCAGGAAUUUAUUGAAGCAACUAAGGAGCCUGGUCUUACCUUUUUGGUGGCCAAGUUUGAUGGUAUAUUGGGACUUGGAUUUCAAGAGAUAUCAGUUGGAAAUGCUGUUCCAGUUUGGUACAAUAUGGUUGAACAAGGUCUUAUUCAGGAACCAGUAUUUUCAUUUUGGCUCAAUCGUAAACCAGAGGAAGAAGACGGGGGUGAGAUUGUUUUUGGUGGUGUUGAUCCUGCUCACUACAAGGGAAAUCACACUUAUGUGCCUGUGACAAGAAAAGGAUAUUGGCAGUUUGACAUGGGAGAUGUAAUUAUUGAUGGUAAAUCCACUGGAUAUUGUGCUGAUGGCUGUGCGGCCAUUGCUGACUCGGGGACUUCUUUGUUGGCUGGUCCAACGUCUGUAAUUACCAUGAUAAACGAUGCAAUUGGAGCAUCUGGAGUUGUAAGCAAAGAAUGCAAAGCCAUUGUUGCGGAGUAUGGACAAACAAUAAUGAACUUGCUUUUGGCUGAAGCACAGCCAAAGAAAAUCUGUUCCCAAAUCGGAUUGUGCACUUUUGAUGGGACUCGUGGUGUUGAUUUGGCUAUCGAGAGUGUAGUAGACGAGAAUGAAAGAAAAUCAUCUGGUGGUUUUCAUGCUGCUACUUGUUCUGCUUGUGAGAUGGCAGUUGUUUGGAUGCAGAACCAGCUGAGGCAGAAUAAGACCGAAGAUCAGAUACUAACCUAUAUCAAUAAUCUUUGUGAUAAAAUGCCUAGCCCGAUGGGAGAAUCAGCUGUUGACUGUGGGAAUAUCUCUUCGUUGCCUGAAAUUUCCUUCACAAUUGGUGGAAAAACUUUUGACCUUGCCCCAGAGGAGUACAUACUCAAGGUGGGCGAAGGUCCUGCGGCUCAGUGCAUCAGCGGCUUCACUGCUAUAGAUGUUCCUCCUCCUCAUGGCCCUAUCUGGAUCCUUGGAGAUAUCUUUAUGGGGCGUUACCACACAGUGUUUGAUUUUGGUAAAUCAAGAGUUGGAUUUGCUGAAGCAGCUUAGAAAAUGCUUUCGUUUCAAAGACCACUCUUAUUUGCUAGUAUCUACUAUUUGCGUACGCUAGCUGCAAGCAAUCAUAAUGUACACUAAAUCAUAUACUCUGACCUCUGUAUAUACUAUGUGGGUCUAAUUAUGUAUGCAUGCAUGUUUACUACCAAGGGGUUUAGCAAGAUACAUGUAACGUGUUAAAUAUUAUUAA